GAAGCAUGUGCAUUACUAUAAAUAAACGGAAACCACCCUUCCUUCUCCCGUUUCUUCCUUUAUCACCUUGCGAAAAUGUCUUUUCAAUCUGUCAGAGCUUCUCAGAUCUUCGAUUCUCGAGGCAACCCAACAGUUGAGGUAGUAGUUGAAACUCUUCAAGGUCGAUUCGUAGCCGGAGUUCCCUCAGGCGCUUCGACCGGAAGUCACGAAGCAGUUGAGCUCCGUGAUAAAGGAGAUGCUUAUGGCGGCAAAGGCGUCUCGAAAGCCGUCAAAGCCGUAAACGAGGUCUUGGGGCCGGCUUUAAUUCAAUCCGGCAUCAAGGCUUCCGAGCAGGCUAAAAUCGACCAGUUGCUGAUACAGCUUGACGGUACCGACAACAAGAGCAAAUACGGCGCCAAUGCAAUUCUAGGCAUUUCCAUGGCUGCUGCACGAGCAGGCGCUGCUGAAAAGGGCUUGGAACUAUUUGAACAUUUGGCGGACUUAACCUUCCCUCAACGUGACAAAGCUAAACCUUACGUACUGCCUGUUCCUUGCACCAAUCAGCUCAAUGGUGGUGUACAUGCAGGAAAUCAGCUUGCUCCUCAAGAGUUCAUGGUACUUCCAACGGGGGCUACUUCGUUUGAGGAGGCGAUGCGUAUUGUGACGGAAUGUUACCAUUCGUUGAAAUCGGUAAUCACUGAGAAAUUUGGCCUCGCAGGAACUGGUAUCGGUGACGAGGGAGGCUUUGCUCCGCCGGUUGAUUCGAUUGAUCAAGCUCUGGACCUCUUGGUGGAGGCAAGCGCCAAAGCUGGCCACUCGAACAAUGUUCAUUUUGCCAUUGACCCCGCCUCCUCAGAGUUCUUUAAAGACGGUGUGUACGACCUGGACUUCAAGUCUACCGAUCAACUUGAAACCCAUCGAUGCCUAUCUCCAGACCAGAUGGCAAGUCUGUACAAUGAUCUUAUCUCGAAAUAUCCAUUGAUACUUCUGGAAGACCCGUUUGCCGAAGAUGAUUGGGAUAGCUGGACAAAGUUUAUGGAAAAGAUUAAUGGAAGGAUUGAGGUGGUAGGAGACGACCUUCUGUGCACUCAAGUCAGCAGGGUAAAAAUGGCCAAGAAAGCAUCAGCGUGUGAUGGCCUUCUUCUAAAGAUCAACCAAUGCGGUACUAUUAGCGAAGCGAUUGAAGCUGCCCAGACCGCUUAUAGCUAUGGUUGGUCUGUUUUUGUAUCUCAUCGUAGUGGUGAGACCAUUGACGAUUUCAUUGGUGAUAUCGUAGUAGGUCUGCAAACUGGACAUAUCAAGUCUGGGGCGCCUUGCCGAGGCGAGAGGUUGGCCAAAUAUAAUCGCUUGCUCCAAAUUGAGCGACUUCUCAAAGAGCGUGGCCAUCCUGUUCGGUAUGCAGGAGUGGAUUUCAGGCGGGCGGCUACCUGGUAGAAAAUGUCAAUGGUGGGGAAAUCAGUGGAAUGAGGGGAGGAUCGCAACUUCAUAGGUGCUUUGGCAUUAGAAGAAGGGCCUUAGUCGAAAGAGCGACGGUCAGAAUCCAUAAGAUUGCUUAUUGCGUUCAACUUUGACCAUGAAAGGAGUGGCACAGUGCGACAUGGAAGUGCACAACGUUAGCGCAUAAGUCCAUGCAGCUGGGAAGCAGUACGGCUUGGGCGGUGUGAAGGGUAUGAACGUUCAUGUAUGGAGGCAAUAGGAUAUAGAUUCA